AUGAGCGAUAAUAACGAUAAUUUAUUUUUACUAAAUGAAAUAUUACCUAGCUACAUUCUAUCUCAGAACUACGGUGUCACAUUAAGAAAUAGCUACAAGAAUAGCAUUUUACUCAGAAACGACAUAGAAACCAAUACAGAGAAACCUCUGUUUUUUAAUAAAAAUGCAAAAAUGCAAAUGUGGAGAGAAUUAACUAACUCUGGGAUUUUGGGUACUCUACAAUUUGAUGAUAUCAAUGAUGAUUACUUGUAUGAAUGUUAUAAAUUCUUCCAAAACAACACCAUUCAUAAGAAAUUUGGAAACACAAUAGAAGAAGGUAAAGACGAGAGUACCCCAGGUAAUGGUAGCAGGCAUAUAAAGGAAAAGGAUAAAUAUAUUAAUAAAGAAAUUAUAGAUUUUCUACAUACUGUUCAGUAUAAUUUACCCUAUAAAUGGGUUUCUACCAAGCCAACACAAUUAAAGAUUUCCUCCUCAUCUUUAGAUAUGCUAGUUAAAGCAACAACUUUUGAUGGUGUUAAUCCUAAUAGUAAGGCAGUUGUCAACCCCAAGAAUAAUAACAAUUCUUUUUCAACAGUUUCACCUGCUGCCAAUGCGCCUGUCCCAACUACUGUUUCACAUACACCUGCCACUCCCCCUUCAGGAAGAUUUAUCCAUACACCGGACUUGACUUUAAAUUGGACUCUAACUUCAAGAAUAUCAUCACCACAAUACACCAACAUUCCGGACCAAGAUGAAAAGGAAAGAAAUAAAUUUGUUUUUUCUUAUGCGAAUAACCCAAUAUUUCCCAAUGAAAUGGAGCUAUUUUACUAUGAGGUUGAAAUUUUGGAUGGAAAGUUUGCCAAUAAUCCACCAAGCGAAGUUAUAUCUGAGCAUAACACAGUUGUUUCUGCUGCUGGUACUACUGAUGUUACUACUGAGGGAAACACUAUUGUCAAUGAGGAGGAAAAUAAUAAUACAGAUGUCAUUGCUGAUACUAAUGAAGACAAUUACGAUGAGUCUGAAGAGGAGGAAGAUGAUAGUCAGAAUAUGAUGAUGUUAAAUGAUAAAAAUGAUAUCGAAAUUAAUGUAUUGAUGGGUUAUAGAACAUUCCCUAUGAAAAGUCCAAAAUCUUUGUUAAAAUCAAACCAUGUUAAUACUCCGCCAUUUAGGGGGAAAAUUAAAAAGCUGCAGAGAAGAGAGUUUAUUCUGCAAAACAUCUAUAAUCCAGAAAAGAAAAAGAGUACCUCUUCAAAAACAGCUAAUGUAGAUAGUAAUAGUAAUUUUGAUCUGAAUAAUGGGCGUGCAAUGGGACGUAAUUACUAUUCUUAUGAGGAACAAGAACGAGAAGUGACGGAAGAAAGUGAUAACGUUGAAGACGAAUUAGAAGAAGAGGGGGAAGGGGGGAACGGAUACGAAGAAGGGGGACAACACUUGUAUAACGAGAUAGAAGCAUAUGAGGAUAAUUCAGAAAUUGAUGAUGAAGACAGGAUAUCUUCUUCGGAUAUAGAAGAAGAAGAUGAACACGAAGAAGAAGGAGAAGAAGAAGAAGAGGAAGAAGAUGAUGAAGAAGAAGAAGAUGAUGAUUAUGAUGACGAUAUGGAAGAUUAUAUUAAUCGGUACAGUGAAGAUUCUAGUGGUGAAAAGACACAAGAAGAAAAAGAUUUUUCCAGGGCGAUAAAUGAAAAUGAAAGGAAUGGGUUGUUUUUUGAAGAUGGCAGUUACUAUGGCUCCUUUUUUUCCACACAAGAUUGUUCUAUACUAAGUAAAAACGGUAAAAAAAAAAUAAAAACCAUGAAUAACAUCAAGAUUCAACCUGGUGAUGUUAUUGGAUGUGGUGUUGAUUAUGUCAAUAACAGAUAUUUUUAUACAUAUAAUGGAAUAAAAUUUUCUGAAUAUGUUGAAGUAAAUGGUGUUAAAGAAUUUUGUGUUCCUGUAGUUGCAUUAAGCUCCGGAAUGAGUAUUAGAACCAAUCUAGGGUUAUUUGAAGAAUUUGUGUUUGAUUUGGGCAAUUAUCAAAAUUCAGUAAGUGUCAAAAGUUAUGACCAGAUUAUGAAUGAAAGCUCGAAUAAUGAAUUAGUAAUUGAUCGUUUAAUUAAUGAUUAUUUAGUCGAUUAUGGGAUGAGUGAUGUGGCUAAAUCUUUUAACAAGGAUAUACAAAAGAAGAAUAAUCUAUCAAAAGAUAUCAAGCAAGUGUUAAUUCGUGCUAAUGAAAAGAGUAUAAAGGAAAAUGAAGAAACAUGCAAGCUAUUAAGUGAUGUUAGAAAAUAUAUGAAUCAAGGCAACUAUGACCAAGAAGAAAGGGAAAAAGAAGGUAAAAAAGAAUCCAAAUUUGAAAAGGUUAUAAAAUUGAUUAACCAUCAGUGUCCCAAAUUUUUUAGCGAGUACUUAAAACUACAAUAUAAAUUAGAGAAAUUGGAUUAUGUACAUAUGCUAAUUACGCUUAAUAAUAGCAAUAAGUUAAACAAAAGUAUGAUUGGUGAAAUGUCGAAUCAUUACAUUGUGGGAAGAGCAAGGGAAAUUUACACAAAAUUUAUAUUACCACAUGCGGGUUGUAAAAAUGCAGAGGAUUCCUUUUACAUGGAUGAUUGGAAGACAUGUAGCAGAUUGGUUGCAUAUGAAGAUUUUUCUGAACUUCCAACCGAAUUACAAGAAGUUUGCAAUAUUGCUGAAAGAACUCUGGAACUUACUGAUGAGUUAAUUAAUUGUUUGAGGUAUUAUUUGAGUGGUAAGAAAACCAAUAAACUAGAUAAUAUGAUAAAUCAAACUGACAACUUUUUUGCUUAUCUAGUUGAAUGUGGGUAUUACACAAAGAAAUCAGACAAAUCUCACAUUGAAAAGUCUGUAAGAAUUGAUAAAAUUUUGAAAUUUGGAUCAGAUACUUAA